GAUCAAUCUUCUAAGAUGUUCAUUUGGACCAGUGGCCGGAGCUCCACUUCAUACAGACAUGAUGAGAGAAGGUACGUGGCGCCUGGUCUUCCACGAAAUAUUUACCAAAAAAUCAGGGAUCAUGAUCUACUGGACAAAAGGAAAACAGUUACCGCUCUGAAAGCAGGAGAGGACCGGGCCAUACUUCUGGGACUGACGAUGAUGGUGUGUUCCAUUAUGAUGUACUUCCUCCUGGGAAUCACGCUGCUGAGGUCAUACAUGCAAAGUGUUUGGACAGAAGAAACACAGUGUACACUCCUCAAUGCCUCCAUCACAGAAACCUUUAACUGCUCCUUCAACUGUGGCCCGGACUGCUGGAAACCCUCUCAGUACCCCUGUCUGCAAGUGUAUGUCAAUGUAACAUCUUUGGGACAAAAAUAUCUACUUUACCACACAGAGGAGACAAUAAAAAUUAAUUCUGAGUGUUCCUAUAUACCCAAGUGUGGCAAGAACUUUGAGGAGUCCCUGUCUGCGGUGACUGUCGUCAUGGAAAACUUCAAGAAGUACCAGCACUUUUCAUGUUUUUACGACCCAGAAGGGGUUCAGAAGAAUGUGCUGCUAACCAAACUUUACAGUUCCAACGUGCUGUUCCACUCACUCUUUUGGCCAUCGUGCAUGAUGGUAGGAGGACUUGCAAUCGUUGCCAUGGUCAAACUGACCCAGUACUUGUCUCUUCUCUGCGAGAGGAUCCAACGGAUCAACAGAUAG